AAAGGAUAUUAUUUGAAACCGCAUAUUACACGCUGCAAACGUACUUUGAAACAGACGCAAAAGUCUGAUUACUGGACGAGAUUAGAUUACAUACUUGAUUUGAAUAGUUGUAAAUUCCUGCAGUGCGCAUUGCUGCACAUAAAUUCAGCUUAACCAGAACGUUUUGUGUUAAUCAUUAGCAGGCCAAAGGGAAGUGAAUUUAAUGCACAUUUGCAUUAACAUUUAAGCUAUGCAUUGUGCACAUGUUAUAGUGUCUUGCGUUGUCUUGACGAAUAUAUUGGAUUAUGUGGACAUAAUCGCUGCUGAAGGCGACCCAUGCCUCGACCCCACCACACGAGAUUUAGGGUUCCUAAGAGAGCGGUUUGUAGGAUACAAGGCGGGUGCAGACGAAGAUGCAAUAUGUGACUACUACCUUGAAGAAGCGUGGUACAAAAUGGAACAAUAUGUUGUGGCCUCAAGUGACCAAAGUUGCGGUACGGACUUUAAUUGGUACCGCAAAGGAAACCUUCCUGAGACACCUAACGUUGUUGAAAACAUAGUGUUGUGUCGAAAUGGUUUGGACGGGCCUUGCGACAUAACAAGGAAUGGUCAAGCAAUGCUCUGUCAAGAUGGAACAUACGUGUUCUUCCUGCCAUACGUGCUCUCCUGCCCGGAGGCCUAUUGCAUCGAACACCCAGUUGGGAAAGCCAAAACUGAAAAAGACGGUGGCAUAAUCCCAUCUAUUACGUCCAUAAACCCGAAUAUUGACGUCACAGUUGUUCCAAAAGGUGAAACACACGAGCUGGAGUUCCACUGUGACUUUCUACCUGUUCCCGAUACGGAGUAUUUUUAUACUGUCCAGUAUGCACGUACAACUGGUGACACAUGGACCAACCAAUUGCUGGAGACGCAACCAACUAAACAUAUAGAUCAAAAAGGCUUUAGAGAAGAAACAAAACUUACAGAAACCCACCUUAAAACCAAGCAAAUGGGGCUUGGAAUUACCAUAGCUUGCUCAGUAACAGCAAGCCUCACGAAGAUAUCAGAUCAAAGUGGCCCAAGAAUAAGUCCAAACAAAUUUAUUGGAAUCGAGCAUGUAAACAAAACGUCACAUAUAACGCUUAACGAUCAACAAACUGCAACGAUAUAUCUGCGGCACACAGUUCCUUUUGGUUGCAGAGGCGACUCCGCAUGUUUUCUGGACAUCAUUGUCUUUAUUCCAAGAGAAAAGGGAAUAGAUACGUGUCAUACUUCCGAUAUUGGUCAACUUGAAGGCGACCGUAAUAAGUGCGGAACGAGACUUAUGAGCAAUAAAGUCGACGAGCUAACUCCCAUUACAGUAGAAUGUCUACAGGGUGGAAACAGAUUAAAAGAAAGUCAAGAAAUGCAUAUAUACCUACGGACCCACGAUUCCUAUCCGAUUCACCCGUUCUUUGCCAACUACGCGUUGGAGCCCAUUAAGGUACAUCUUCAUACUGACAGAACUUUUCUGACCGACAAAGAUUGCUACUCGUACAACGACCCCCACAUGAAAUCGUUUGAUGGAUUACGUUAUGAAAAUCAAAAUCCUGGCACGUUCAUCUUUUACAGACAUACAGAAAGACCCCAAGAGGUUCAAAUUAAAACUAAACGGUGUUGGGGUCAUUCAGGACCAUUCUGUAACUGUGGUGUUGCCGUCAGGGCUGGCAGGGACGUCUACGUAGUUGAUAUGUGCGACGGGCAACCGGAUUCUGGAAGAUUCAGGGAGUGCAAGGACAAAGUUAUAUUUACUAAACUUGUCAAAUUACCGGGCUCGAAUAGUGAGAUCAUAAUGCCAACUGGUACAAAAGUGGUCAUCUCCUUUCAACACGUUUUGCUGAAUGUAAGAAUUUAUCCCUCUAUUGCUGAUCAUAUGUUGAGCGAAGGACUCUGUGGAAAUUUUGAUGGAACGACGCAAAAUGACAGAGCGCAUCGCAAGAGUUCCACAGCCUCAGAUCCUAAUCUAAGUUGGAUAGUCAAUUCGGAUGAAGAUCUUUUUAAUGAAGGCAAUGACGAAACAUUAGCAGCAUGGACUGAGAAACAAAAGCUAUGCACGUGUAAGGAUAGAUUUGGUGGAAAUGGACCAUCACCGUUUGUUACGUGCUCUGCUGAUACCACAAAGAUUUGUAAUUUUAAGCCAAACACUAAUAGCAGAUGUUCAUCAAUUUCAAAACGAAGGAAAAGAGACGGCAGCAUUCACCACAAGAUGGAAAUGGACUUUUACCGAAGCGUCAAAACAGCAUUUGUUUCUAAACGUCCAAGAGUGGAAAGAGAUUGGCCAAGAAGCAUGGUAAAGAGAUCAGCUGAUGAACCAUACAAUAAUGUUACGGCGUUUGAAGAUUGUAUGAAAAUCAUAAAUACAACGGCGUUCCAAAAAUGCAAGGAUAUCCCUAGCCUUAACUUUGAUUCGAUCAUCAGCGACUGCGUCCUGGAUGCUAUUGCUUCUAAUUCUAUGGAUUGGACAGCACAACAUUUGGAAUCUAUCAAAACAAAAUGCGUUCACGAAGUAAAAGCUGAACAACUUCCUCCUCCAGAGGCAUUAGAAGGGGUGACAAUUGAGAUAAACGGCGUAGAGUAUUCAAAUAUAACUGAAGAAAAUGUUACAUUGCCAGUAACACAAGAGUUCAGUCCGGUCAUACUGGAAGAAAUUGAGAAUGUUGUUUGCACCAAUGAGUGUAGCGAACGAGGAGUAUGUGUAAAUGGGACUUGUGUGUGCAACAAGCCUUAUAUUGGCGAAGAUUGCUCCGUCGAUUCAACUUCACCACCGGAAAUGCUUGGAAUUCCUGACGAAGGAAUUUGUGAUUUACAAGUUAGGGCUUGUAAAAGGGUCUACGUCAUUGCUAGACACCUAGUUGACACGAGCAACUUGACGUGUAUUUUGACUCCUUUUGUGGUUACCACAGAUGCGAAAAAUGUUACGGUAUUUGAGCAAGUUGUGGUACCAGCGGAGCUUGAAACCUUCUUAGAAGCCUCUUGUGAACUCCCAGAGGUCCGAGUGAAACGAUCUACCAUUUUUUUGCCGAAUGAUGUUAUUGCAACAGGAUAUUUAGUAGCCCUUUCUAACGAUGGCGUCACAUUUUCGGAAGAAGACACGUUAGCUUUAUUUGACUCGGAUUGUGUUGAAUGUGAAAAGGUCAAAGGAGAUCUUUUCUGUCGACGAAAGCCAGGGUUUUGCGUAACCAAUAGUCAAUGCUAUCAACACAAUGAGACAAUCGACUGCCUCAGAUGUACCGGACAACCUGAUGAGAUUUUAUCUUGGCAACCAGAAACAGAUUGUGAAGAAACUGAGGCAACCGAAAAAACUGAAGAAACUGAGACAACCGAAAAAAACGAAGGAACUGAGACAACCGAAAAAAACGAAGGAACUGAGACAACCGAAAAAACUGAGGAAACUGAGACAACCGAAAAAACUGAAGAAACUGACAAAAGAAAGAUAAAUGUAGACGGGGAAGAUAAAAAGACUUGGUUGAUACCUGCAAUUCUGACGCCAAUUAUUGUCUUUGGUAUUGUGGUGGUUGUGCUCAUAGUCCGCUUUAAAACCAAAAAAGAAUCAUUCAACUUUGCCCCCGUUGAAAUGAAUCCAAUUGAUGAAUGAACCGCGAUGAUCUUAAUAGCUUAUUUGUGUUUCAUCAGAGUUCGUACCAGUAAUAGUGACGUACACUUCUUUACAGUGUGAAAUUUUUUAUUGACAUUAUUAUAUUUUAUAUUGAUUGAACUGAUUUCAAACAUCAAACUGUCAAUGGAAGAGAUAUAACUCAUUGUCACUCUUCUUCAAUAUUAUUUUGUAUAGGUGUACAUUAUAAAAAGUUGCGGGGUUAGUAGUUGACCCGAAAUGGGAUAUACGGGGCAAAGGAAACCAUAUCGGGUGAGAGCGAAGCUAUGAUCCUGAAUAUGGCCUUCUGUGCCCCGUAAAUACAACUUGUUUACAUUGUAUAAUAUAUUGGAAAUGUUUCAUGUAUUCAUCGAAAUCGGAAAAUAGACGCCAUUUUGAUGAUAUAAAGAUUGGUGAGCCAAUAUGGAACACUAUGGGGGUCACCGCAUGACCAGUCCUGGACCAAAAGCUUUGUGUCAUUCAGAGGCGUGAAAUAACUAAUGACUGUUCGAAUGACACUGUAUCAACAUGAUCCAUUUGAAGAGAAUACAUCGAACGCCAAUGAUGUUCUCUGUAUAACAGACAAAUAAUCUACAUGCAAAGCAAAUUUUAAAGAAUGUAUAAUGCUCCGGUCUGAUGUGAUUUUCUCAAAUAUGUGUAGCGUAGUUUUAAAUUUACUUUUACCUAUUUUGAAGGACCAAUACAUCAACCCCGCUCAAAGUCAGUUUUAGUAAUGUUGUAUGUCAUUUGCAAACACAGUGCUUUGUUGUAAAUUUACUUGAAAUGAGAUACAUGUAAUCAGCCAUACUUUCAAAAAGUUAGAAUCUCAAAGAAAAGGAUUUGCACAGUUGAUUGGUGAAAACAUUGAAUACCUGCAAACCAAUUAUGUUUUUAUAUUAAAAAAAGACGCCGGAGGUUUGCUUGGUUUUUAUCAAACGAAAAUGCUGUUGUUUUUUUUGGUUUCAAUGACGCUUCUAUGGAUAUGGACCUUUAAAAUGGAAAUGAUGAAUUGAAAUGAAACGCAAGGAACAUAAUCAUUAUGACUUCGCCUUGCGUUAUAUACAAAAGCUGAGAUUAAUACGUAAUUAACUUUUUUGUUUUGCAAACGAAGGAACAUAUAUGCACCAGUCUCGCAUUUACAACCUAUUAUCACGCUCAUACGUUCAAAUAGUGUAUAUGUUUGCUUUUAUCAACGUUGUUGCACUAAUAAAAAGUAAACGCAGA